AUGAGUGUGCGGAGGGGGCUCGGGCGGCUGCUGCCCUCUGUGAGCCUGAUCGUGAUUUGUUCUUGGUAUUCCGGGGGACUGUGUGACGGCGCCCCCGUGAAUGAAAAGCCUCGCGGGGCCGAGCCCCUUGCCGCUGACCUGGACCGUCUGCGCACCCAGCUGCGCGAGUCGCUUCAGCUGCCAGAUCAAAAGCGGUCCAAGUUGACCGAUGAGGCCCAUGCCUAUCUCGCCAUGCUGGAUGACAACUGCACCUUUACAAACAUUGAUUACAGCGACCAAUCGCGCAACGUGUGGUGGAACCAAAUUGCCGUUCCACAGGCCAUGGCAGGGACCUUGUAUCUGCUUGGGCCAGAUCUAAUGCGGGCCCAAAAUCUCGAGGAUGGCAUGGCCAUUCUUCUCCGAGCUAAAUGGUGGAGAGCCACAGGUGCCAACCUGAUCUGGGAGGCCUAUGUUCAAAUUUUGCACGAUGCCAUAGUGGGCAACGUGACUAGUAUCGCCCAUGCGUAUCAAGGCAUCUAUGCUGAGACGGGCCGAGUCAAAAGCCGCCAAGACGGCGUCCAAUACGACUCAUCCUUUCAUCAGCACGAUGGACAGCACCUCACAGGCAGUUACGGGUUCAACUACACAACCUUUUUGCUCGACAUGGUUUAUCAAGCGAGAGAUACCAGCUUUUACAUUCCCCCCACGCAAAUGAGCGAUUUUGUCAGCUUGAUCGUGGACGCACAGGCCUGGAUGACAGUCGGCUCGGAGGAAGUGUGGGAUAUUGCGGUAACAGGCCGUGUUAUCACUCGCCCACCUGGCACAGACCGCCCGAUGUUUGACAUCAACCAGCUCGCGAGUCUCAAAUCCCCACGCCGGCCCGAAAUUCUCGACUUUGCUCGCCGUUUGGCUCGAAACGGCUCACAAACACCACUUGUAGGACACCGCCAUUUCUUCAACAGCGACUACGCCAUCAUGCGUGGAGAAAAUUUCCAAUACAGUAUUCACAUGUUCUCUGCGCGCACAGCCAACGCCAUGUGUGUCAACACCGAGAGCAAGCGAAGCCAAUUUACGGCCAGUGGCAUGGUAGCACGCUACUAUACUGGCGACGAGUACGAGAGCGUCUUUCCCACGUGGAACUGGCAACAACUCCCAGGGACCCUGCUCGAUCAGCAAGAUGAGGCGCCCAACUGCAGCACGACGCUCAUGUCCGCCCAUACCUCUGAAGUUGGCGGCGUUAGCAACGGGGUGCUGGGGGCCGCCUUCAUGACGCAGCGUGCACGACGUCCCCUGAAAUGUGUUCGAAGCUGGGCCAUGUAUCCCGACGCCUUGUUUGCUACAGCCCACCGCAUCUCUGUACCCGAUAAGGUGCCGGUCGUUUUCACACUCGAAGACGCGCGGGCUCGUAGCACAGUGACGGUGGCCUUGAAAAAUGGCGACCAGCUCGAGAUUGCCUCACAUCGUCCCAUUCGGCUUGCCGCUGACACUGUGGCAUGGAUUCACCACGAUAAAACCCUCUAUGCUUUGAGCAGCAAGUUUGGCCCUGUUGAUGGCACCUUGGAAAUUUUUCGAGGCUGGGCAAACGGCAGUUGGCUGGAUAUUGGCACGGAUCCUCGGCCGGAGACUGUGGACCGCUUCUUCCUCAAAUGGGUGUUUCCCAAGCCCGCACCGUCUUCUGCGGGGUAUCUAAUGAUACCAAGCGUGCCUCUUGUGUCUGCUCCCGUGGUCCUGUCUAAUUUGACGAAGAGUAUAUCGACGGUGCAGACUGAGGAAGGCGUUGUUUUUUCCCGCAACAACAUCCACACGGCCAUCUUUUCCAGCGGCGGCCGCCAUCGGUUUGCUGAACGGCACCUUGGCUGCAAUGCGAGUUGUGCCGUGGUCAUUGACACGAGCAAGAGCUCUUUCAUCCUGACAAUAACGGCAAGCUCUCCCACAACAACGCAGCUGGCCGUCGAGAUCCCAUUCAACGUUUUAUCCUGCGAAAAUUGCGUGCUGCUGAAAGAUGGAAAAUGCGUAUUUACCACUCUAUCGGCCGAGAUGAUGGGCCAAAGCGUAGUCGCCACAUGCCGUCGCCUCUACACGUGGUAUAUGGGCUUAUACAUUGUCUCCGGGACAUUGACUGUCCUGAUGUUUGGAGUCUUUUUGUAUUACACCGUCAUGAAACGGUGCUCGUCGAGCUGUACCAACCGACUCAAGCCUCGCAUCAACUAG